UCCAAGAAGAGAGCAUAUACCACGCUCCGUCGCAUUCCAUUCCCCAUUAAUGCCUUUUUCGACCGUUGUUCUCUUCUAGCGAGCGCUGCGUGCUGCUUAGUUCUCAGGGUCGGUUUGAACUUUCCCGAUCAGUCUCUCUCUCUCUCUCUCUCUCUGAUCGACGGAAGAAGAAUGAUGAAGAUAAGAGCAGGCGAAGGAGGAGAAGAAGGAGGGGAGGCGGAAGGUGCGGUUGAAAUGGAUAAGAGCGCGGUGGAAGAGAAGAGUGGAGAAGGAAACAAGGGAGUGGAAGCGGCGGAGGUGGAGGGGCAUCCAUACGAUUUCCACGUGUCGGGUCCUCGCAACCUCGCCUCUCCCAACUGGAGAGAUCUAAUUCGUUCCAGCUGGAGGGAUCCAAAUUACAAGAGGAUGGUGAUAGCUUGUUUCGUACAGGCAGUAUACUUGCUGGAACUCGACAGACAAGAUAAAAGGAGCGAGGAGAACGGUCUUGCUCCGAAGUGGUGGAAGCCCUUCAAAUACAAGCUGACACAGACCCUGGUGGAUGAGAGGGAUGGCUCCAUCUACGGCGCAAUACUAGAAUGGGACCGCUCUGCUGCUCUAUCCGAUUUCAUGCUGCUGAGACCGAGCGGAGCUCCCAAGGCUGUACUCGCCCUCAGGGGGACAUUACUGAGGAGCCCGACAAUUAGGAGAGAUCUAGAGGACGACCUCCGCUUCCUUGCUUUGGAAAGCUUGAAGGGUUCUGUCAGGUUUGGCGGAGCAUUGGAAGCGCUGAAUUCGGUCGUCGGCAGGUUUGGCAGCAGCAAUGUGUGCAUAGGCGGGCAUUCCUUGGGCGCUGGCUUCGCUCUCCAAAUAGGCAAAGCAUUGGCAAAGCAAGGGGUGCUUGUCGAAUGCCAUCUCUUUAACCCACCCUCUGUUUCUCUUGCCAUGAGUCUAAGGAGUAUUGGGGAGAAAGUUGGUUCUGUCUGGAAGAGAAUCAGAGCUGCAAUGCCUCCGAGUGGUGAGGAGGCAAAGGAUUCUAAAGCUGGACAGAAGAGACUGCGUACAGAGACCAAGAAAUGGGUGCCACAUUUGUAUGUGAACAGUAGCGACUACAUUUGCUGUUAUUAUACUGAUUGUGCCGGGGUUGCUGCAGAUGUUACUACGGACAAACCGAAGAUGAAGGACACCAUCGGAGAUGCAGCGGCGAAGCUGUUUGUGAUGUCGAAGGGCCCUCAGAAGUUUCUUGAAGCUCAUGGGUUGGAACAAUGGUGGUCAGACGACAUGGAACUCCAAGUCGCUGUCCAUCAAAGCAAACUUAUUGACAGGCAGCUAAGGUCGCUAUAUGCUGUCCCGCCGCCGCCGACUCCAGCGAAGUCCUGACAAAACCUCUGAAAUGUUACUUCUUGUUUGGUCCCUCCUCAUCUCAGUUCUUCCUUCACAUUCUUUGAUUUGCAUGACUUCUUGAGCAUGAGUCAAGAUUGUUGACUUUCUUUGCGUUGCAUCUGGUUCAAGAAAUAAAUAUAACGUAUUACCAUGUGCCAAGUAGUUCAUGAGACGAAUCAUCCAUGGUUUUGCGCGAUUGGUAAAUUCAUAUCAAAGCAUUUCGAUUAUGGGACAACUCUUUCCUUUAGAUUGUGAGACAACUCUUAUUUAUGUCUCUUUUCAAAUGAUUGCUCUCAUAUAUUCAAAGAUCCAUUGCCUUGUGUCGCUAGGCAGCCGGAGCUUAUACUGCAACCCACACCGUAGUGUCGAUAUUACUAUUGGUGUCCGUAGCAUUGCUCGUCUGAAAUAUCAUGUGUAGCAUCGGACCAUUGAUUCUGAUGCAUGUUAGUGUAAGUUGCAGGAGGAUUCUGAUGCUUGUAGAAUUCAGGACCAUGGAAGCAGCAUAUUGGAUAUUUAGGACUACAGGCAUAUCAUAAUGUAUUACAAACAAACUACAAAAUGCAAAUCAUUACAUUAACUGAUACCUGGAACCAUGAACGAGUAUCGGACCAUUGGAGCAUUUCUCAUGACAAAGAAUCUAGUUGUGAAUCAGGAAACAUGAGCCGGGAUCUUUUUAUUAAAAGCUCCAUUAACAAAACCUCUACUGCUCAAAGCUCUACAGACAAAAGCUCUGCUUUUUACAUGGCAUUGAAAUUUUGAGUAACGUGAACCAACAUAUCCACUACGGGGUUUCUUUCGAUUGAAAGUUUACCAUAAGCAAAACACCAACAUGAACAUGAACAAAUAAUGCAAUCCCCCAGGUUAUAUCAAAAUCCCCUGUCUUCUUGAUGACCUCAAAACCAAAAAAAAAGUUCAUCAGCUAUAGGCUGUUCAUACUAACCUAGAUCUAAAAAAGAAAUGAAAAAAAUUAUAAUCUGCAAUACCAAAAAAAUUACCAGUGCAGCUAUGGCCAUAAGAAGCUGUAAAUAAUAGACACUGUAUCAGCCAUCAGACUAUUAGUUACUCACCUUGUUGAUACACAAACAAAACCCACCACAACAAAGAAAUGCCUCGAGGCUGCACUGAAUUUGCUGUAGGACAUAGAACCUAGAUCAGACAUUUCUUUUUCCUGGAAAGAUCAGACAUUUCGG